AUGGAGACGGUGCUGCUGGAGCAUUUCCCCGGGGGGCUGGACUCCUUCUCCUCGCCCCCCUACUUCGACGAGGAGGAUUUCUUCACGGACCAGUCCUCCCGCGACCCCCUGGAAGCGGACGAGUUCCUGGAGCAGGACGUGGACUUCCUGAGCCACCAGCUGCAGGAGUAUUACCGGGACGGGGGGCAGGGCGAGGGGGGCUAUUGCUGCGAGGCGGCGGCCGCCGCGGCCAACUUCUCUUCCUCCUCCUCCCCCUCCUCGCCCAGCUUCCCCUACGAGUGCUGCGGGGCGGCCGCCUCUGAGCUGCUGUCCCCCGGGGGCAGGCUCAAGGCGCUGAGCUCCGCCAAGCGGCGCCGGCGGGUGCGCUCCGAGGCCGAGCUGCAGCAGCUGAGGCAGGCGGCCAACGUGCGGGAGCGCCGGAGGAUGCAGUCCAUCAACGACGCCUUCGAGGGGCUGAGGUCCCACAUCCCCACGCUGCCCUACGAGAAGCGGCUCUCCAAGGUGGACACCCUGCGCCUGGCCAUUGGCUACAUCAACUUCCUGAGCGAGCUGGUGCAGUCGGACCUGCCCCUGCGGAGCGCCAGCAGCGAGAGCCCCAGCCAGCCCAAGAAAGUCAUCAUCUGCCACCGGGGCACAAGAUCACCUUCUCCAAGCGACCCUGAUUAUGGACUGCCUCCUCUUGCUGGACACUCUCUGUCAUGGACUGAUGAGAAGCAACUUAAGGAACAAAACAUUAUUAGAACAGCUAAAGUGUGGACUCCUGAAGACCCCAGAAAACUAAACAACAAAUCUUCUCUAAACAACAUAGAAAACGAACCUCCAUUUGAUUUUGCAUCAUGA